CCCAGCGGACCCAGACGUGGUGCUGGCCUCAGUCAGAGCAGAUGUUCCUUAUCUUGUGUCAUGUUAAAAAUGUGUAUCAGUUGACGAAAUGCCAUUGUGAUAGGCCUAUACGCAGUAUGUAUUAUAGCCUGAAAUUUACUUGUGAUAAACAUAUAUAUAUGAACCUACUGCAAAUAGACAGUAUAUAAAACUACGGAAUAUAAACUGAUAUGCAGUAAGUGCAUCACAUCUGAAGUGUAUUCGGUAAAAUACAUUGUAGGAAUUUCUCUAGUGUGGUAUAUACGGAAAUAAUUGAGAUUGUUGAUGCGUAUAGAGGUUGUGAGGUAGACGUCUACGCGAGUAUUGAGAGGCGGCCAGCGACCACAACAACAACAUUGAGUGUGCGCGGCCGCUGGCCUCCACCUGUAGCCCCAGGCAUAUUACUCGCCUCUACGCCUCACCCCCUCUCAUGGCAUCAUGGAUAACACCCUACCAAACCCACCUCAAACUCCUGAUGCAUCUCCAGUUAUGAUGAGCCAAUCGGAGUAUAAUUGUAAUCUGGAAACUCAUCAGGCUUUUGUGCAGGCCAAAUCAUUGGAGCUGACACAACUGACGGAGCAGAUAAAAAGUGUGCGCGAGAAAAAACAGCCAUUAGCGCAGGUGAAGGAAACCUUGCAGCAUGAAAUCAACAGUGCAAAUAUAGCCAUAAAUACAAUUUCAGAGGAAGUUACACACCUGAAGCAAAAGCUGCGGUAUCAUAGUGUAAAGCAGAUUUAUGGUAAUAUUGAGAGAUUGGAGUACCAGCUGCGAAAUAACAAUUUCAAACCAAGGGAAGAGCAGAAAAUUUUGGAUGAAAUAUCUAUGCUUCAGAGAUCAGUCAAAACACUUCGGGAAUAUGAAGCUAAGCAGGCUGAGAACAAAAAGUAUCGUGGAGAGCGAGCGAGGCUUAUCGAGGAGCGCAAUAAUAAUUACUCCAAGAUCAGAGCACUGUAUUCACAAGAAGAUGAAAUGAAGAAGAAAAUAGCUGGUGUCCGAGGAGAUAUAACGUCAAAUAAAAAGACUAUUGAACAACUUAGACAAAUGAAACCUGCAUUGGAACAAGUCUGGAUGGCCAAUCAUCAAAAGCAGCAAGCUGUACGUAACAAGCGAUAUGAGGAGAAAAAACGUUUACGACAAGAAUUGACAAGAGAGCGCCAUGAAGAAAGACGAAAACUAUGGGAAGAAUACGAGGCAAGUAAAGAACCUUACGAAGAGCAAAAACACUUGUGCCGGGUACUUAUCUCGUAUUUACAGUCUUCAGUGGGUGGUACCACUCCUGCUACACCAGCAUCUUCAUCUAGCCUGCUCCUAUUUCCUGAUACCCCAAGUCAAACACCAGUUACCACACCAUCUACCCCAAGGUCAACCAAUUUUCCAUCUCCAAGUGCUUCAACCAAAAUACCAAUUACUGCGUCGUGUUCAAAAGAGUUACCUAGCGGCCAACUCGUUUCCGAUGAUACAAGUACUCUAAACCAACCAUCAACCUCUACAGAGACUAGAAAUAUUUCCUUAAUGCUUCCACCAGAUACUUCAGGCUCCUAUUAUUCAAAGCCAAAGGAUGAGGAAGGUGGUUUCAUUAGGGUUAGUAAACGGCAUAAAGCAAAGGCAAAACGAGAUCAUAGAUUGGCAAACCGUGUCAAGGACUUGCCUCACACACCUGAUGUCAUAAUGAAGUUCAGUAAACUUUCCAUAACUCCUCCAAAAAAUACUGAUGAAGUAACAUCUGCAAUUGUUUCCUUACAAGAUUGCUUGCAACAUUUCCAUGUGUUAUCUUUAAGUGAAACUAAUCAGAUACCAGCGGAAGAGAAAUCGGAAGAUGCAAGAGCAGUUAAUGAAGUAAAAUGUUCAAGACCUUCCAGUUUGUGUGUGAAAGAGAGAAAUUACAAUGGAUCCACAGAGCACAACACAGCAUCAAGUUUAGAGAAAGAUAAAAAUUACAUUGGAUCCAUAGAGCACAAUACAGUAUCAAGUUCAGUUGCCUCAUCUAGUACGACUGACUUUGAGAGCAGUUCUGCAGCUACUUUCUCCUCAAAUUUCCAGCAGCAUACAACUACCAGUACAAUACCUCUCAUUAAGGUAGAUUCACCAGGUGUAUCUUGGGCAGCUGCUGUGGCCACAGAACAAUAUUCUGGUAGUGAUGUCCUUAGUAAUACACUUCAGAGAGCAAUAGGGCCAAACCAUGUUGUGCAACCUAAGCUCAAUACUAUGCCAGAUAUUUCUUCAGAAACUAAAAAUGCUAUACAGAUUCAACCUUUGUAUAAUGGUGUCCAUCAUUCAAUAAAUAUAAUAAUGGGGCAGAAUCAUUUAACACGUCAUAAUGGGAAUAUUAUGCCAGAUAUUUCAUUAGAAAUGAAUUGUAAUGAUAUUAUUUCUCAAGGAAACAAUGAGUCUUUCUUCUCUAUGCCUGUAUCAUAUCCCAGUAGUUUUGUAGAGCUAAACAAUAAUGCUAGUUUUAGCUAUGCUGAAGUAGCUGCCAAAGUUAAACCAAGCACUCCUGACUACUGAACUGUACUUGGGAUCAAAAUGCUUACUAGUUAUGAAUUUAGGUUUGAAGUUAUAAUAGAUGACAUAUAUUGUAUAUUUAUAUAAACUGAUAAAAAUGCACAUUGUCUAGUCAUUAAUUUAAGAAGAUAUUAUAAUUUGUAAAUAUUUUAUUGUUAUACGGUACUAAUACAGUAUUAUGCAUUUUAUUCAAUUGUUAUAAAUUUCUAUUGUUAUAUGUAGUUGUUUUAUGAAAACAAAUUAUCAAUUAAAUGCAAUAAUAUUUUA